AUGUCACAACAUCAAGAUACAUCUGCUUCUAAAAAUACUAAGUCUACUCCAAAAUUUAGUGUUCCUCCCAUGGGCGUCCCUGAUGAUGAGAUUCUGGAUGUUGCUCAUCUCUCUAUUAUUCUCGCUGCGGACAUUGAUUUGAACCAACCUAUCUCCAUUGAUGCCUCCGCUUCUGCAUGUUCCAAUCAAGGUAAUCCUUCUAGUAUUCCGUCUGGUUCAACUCCUUUCACUAAGUAUAAGGAAGGAACACAUUAUACUGAUCGUGUUAUAAGAGACAUAGUUACUAGAAUUCUUAAUGAAGGCCACUCUGUGAAUGGGGUUUCUACUCCCCUUCCUCAAAUGUAUCCCCCUCCUGAGGUCGAACAACCUAGUGGUAAGGGUGAUGAUUCCUCCAGUUCUAAAAAGGUCUUGGCUGCUGAAGGGUUGCGCUCUCUAGGGAAAACCGUGUCUGAAAAAGGGAAAUUUGUGGCCUCUAACACAGCUAAUGCUUCCCACUUUGAGAAGCAUGAUAAUGAAAAUGUUGUGAUUGAUCUAGAGUAUGGUAGCUCUGAUGAUCAAGAGGAAAGCUUGAUUCAUCACAUAAAUCCAAGUGUGGCUAAACGCAUGAAGACUCGCAAAGGAAAAUCUGUGGCUGAACUUAUGUUAGCUAGAGAAGCUAAGAAGACUGUUUUCAUUGGUCCCUCCAAACCAUGGAGCAAGGUUGAAAUAAAGAAGAGGAAGGUCAGAGAUGAUUCUGAGCCUGAAGAGGAUGUUGAGGAAGAUGUCCCUGACAUCUCGCCUGCAAAGAAAACUACUGUUAGGAAGUCUCCUGUUAAAGUACCUGUUGUUCAUUUGGAUAACAUCUCCUUCCAUCUUGAGGAUGGAGCUGCUAAGUGGAAAUUUGUGAUUCAGAGAAUGGUAGCUGUGGAAAGGGAAUUGGGAAAAGAUGUUGCUGAUGUCAAGGAGGUCAUGGACCUGAUACAAGCUAUUGGGCUUUUGAAGACUGUUGCUGGGUUCUCUCAAUGCUACGAAGGUUUAGUCAAGGAAUUUAUUGUUAAUAUUCCUGAGGGUAUUUCUGAUAAGAACAACAAGGAGUUCUGCAAGGUGUAUGUGAGGGGUAAGUGUAUAACAUUCUCUCCUACUGUUAUUAAUAAUUUUCUAGGCAUAAAUAAUGAGGGUGCAGGAGAAUUAGAGGUUACAGACAAUUAG